UUUACCCAGGUUUUGCAUUUGUGUUGUUUCAAAAUUCCACGCCCUUCUUGCUUCCUUAUUUUCCCCUUCGUUUUUCCACGCCAAUUCUCCAACAAUUUGAUUUCUACUGUCAUAGAUUCUACAAGUGAAUCGACAAAUUGGACGCCAGUGACAGCUUUGAGGAAUGACUCAUUCGCAGCCAAACUAAAAGAGAUACAGCGACGAUCCUUUAUUCGUUUUCUGUAAUGCAGAAUCCAGACGAUAUUUUUUGAAGCGACUUCUAGAACAUAAUUGCACUACUUAAUAGCUAAAGAAAAUAGAUGAGAUGAAGGCCUUAAGAAGAUGCAGGAAUAAUUUGGAGGUUGAUAAUGUAGUUCUGAUUGAUGUGGAUAGUUAUAAUUUCAAUAAUGUUAUUGUUAUUGAUGUACCUGAAAGUCAUUCUAAGAAAGUAGGAGGUUCAAAUGGAUUAACAAAUGACAGAAGUCGUCCUUUGAGGACAUAUAUUUACAUAGAUGAUGAUGAAAGCCCUAGCAACCAUCAUGCUGGAACACAUGCAGAUAGUGAGAGAAAUUUUGAGGAUGACGCUUCGUCCAGCAGGAGAUAUGGUCCAGAUACGCACUUUGCUCAGGAAAAUAUAUCUCCGGUGAAGCUUUCAAAGGGCAAAAGAACCUACUCGGGAAUAAGUUCCAACAAUCGUAAUAGUUUCAGCUUACAAUCAGAUAGUGAUUCAUCUGAUGAUGAUGACAGUCCUGAUUGUGAAUUUAUGGAAGAUUUUUCUGGAAAGCUACGAGAGCAGUGGGAAAGAGCAUCAUUGAAGAGAAAAGCUGGUGUACACAAUGAUCAUAUUGGUAGGAGGGAUAACAGCAGUUCUUUUAAGUCCUCCAGGGGCGCUCAUAAUGAUUCUGGAGUAAAUAAAAACAAACAAAAAUAUGCUCAAGCUUCUACUUCUAAAGGGAAGAGCCGUCAACCAGCUUAUAUGCAAGGCUAUCAGCAUGAAGAUAGAAUCAGACACGCUGAAUCGAGUUUGUCUGAUUGUGAUGCUAGAAAUGAAGUAGAUGUUGAUCAUGGUAAAGCUGAUUCACGAGUUGGUAAUGAAACUGAAGAUUGCAGCCAAUGUAGUCCUGUGCACAGAGAUGACAAGCAUGAACAUAUGCCUUCUACUAGUAGCGAUGAGGAGAACGAAAAAAAUGAUCUUGACGUUGCUCCCACCAUUGGUGCUGUCCCGGUUCAGAGCUCUAUUAUUGAUCAACGAGAAAAGCUUAAAGAGACAGACGAAUACAAGCGAGCUCUAGAGGAAGAAUGGUCAGCAAGACAAAUAGCCUUAAAGAUCCAGGCAGAAGAAGCUCAGCAGUUGCGUCGUCUGCAGAAAAGAAAAAAAGCUGAAACUUUGCGUUUAUUAGACAUGGAGAGAAGACAAAAGCAACGCGUGGAAGAAAUCCGAGAAUCCCAAAAAAAGGAUGAGGAGAAUAUGAAUUUGAAAGAAGUAUACCGCACGGAAGUCAGACAUGAGCUUAACAAGCUGGAGAAGACCUGUCUUGAUAUGGCUUCGUUAUUGCGUGGUUUAGGAAUCCAAGUUGGUGACAGUCCUUGUGCCUCAUCGCAUGAGGUGCGUGCAGCGUAUAAACGGGCAUUACUGAGCUUUCACCCAGAUCGUGCUGCGGGAUCUGACAUGCGUCAGCAGGUCGAGGCUGAAGAAAAGUUUAAGCUUAUAUCGCGCAUGAAGGAGAAGUUGUCAUUAUAAUACAUCUCUUAAAGUUUAAAUCUGUUUAGAGUUCCAAUUCAUCUUCUGGUUGAAUCUGUCUCAGAAUUUUCCUUUGGUUUUAUCUAAUAUUCUUUUUGAAGUAUGAAAUCAUUAUUUCUAGAACAACUUCAACUUUUCCUUUUUUAUCUUGAGCCCUUUUUUACCCAAGUGGCAGUUGCAAUUUGUACUCGCCCAAAACCAUCAACAUAAUAUAUAAGAUGACAUAAUUUUGCUAGA